GCAUGGCAGCGCGCAGCCGGCGCGCCUGGCUCAGCGUGCUGCUCGGGCUCGUGCUGGGCUUCGUGCUGGCCUCGCGGCUCGUCCUCCCCCGCGCCUCCGAGCUGAAGCGAGCGGGCCCGCGGCGCCGUGCCAGCCCCGAGGGCUGCCGGCCCGGGCAAGCGGCAAAUUUCCAGGCCGGCGGGACGCGCAGCUAUGCGCGCGGGACGCAGCUCUGGCCGCACGGUCCGGCCCCGGAUUUCGGCCCGCGCGACAGGAACUUUCUCUUCGUGGGAGUCAUGACCGCCCAGAAAUACCUGCAGACCCGCGCCGUGGCCGCCUACAGAACGUGGUCCAAGACAAUUCCUGGGAAAGUCGAAUUCUUCUCUAGUGAGGGUUCAGACACAUCGAUACCAAUUCCGAUAGUGCCACUACGGGGCGUGGACGAUUCCUACCCACCCCAGAAGAAGUCUUUUAUGAUGCUCAAGUACAUGCAUGACCACUACUUGGACAAGUAUGAAUGGUUUAUGAGAGCAGACGAUGAUGUUUAUAUCAAAGGAGACCGUCUGGAGAAUUUUCUGAGGAGUUUGAAUAGCAGUGAGCCCCUCUUUCUUGGGCAGACAGGACUGGGCACCACGGAAGAAAUGGGGAAACUGGCCCUGGAGCCUGGUGAGAACUUCUGCAUGGGGGGCCCUGGUGUGAUCAUGAGCCGGGAAGUCCUCCGGAGGAUGGUACCACACAUUGGAAAGUGUCUUCGGGAAAUGUACACUACUCAUGAGGACGUGGAGGUGGGAAGAUGUGUCCGGAGGUUUGCAGGGGUGCAGUGUGUCUGGUCUUAUGAGAUGCAGCAGCUUUUUUAUGAGAACUAUGAACAGAACAAAAAGGGCUACAUUAGAGAUCUCCACAACAGUAAAAUUCACCGAGCCAUCACACUGCACCCCAACAAAAACCCACCCUACCAGUACAGGCUCCACAGUUACAUGCUCAGCCGCAAGAUAGCCGAGCUCCGCCACCGCACCAUUCAGCUCCACCGAGAGAUUGUGCUCAUGAGCAGGUACAGCAACUCCGAGGUCCGUAAAGACGACCUCCAGCUGGGAAUCCCUCCUUCCUUUAUGAGGUUCCAGCCCCGCCGGCGAGAGGAGAUCCUGGAGUGGGAGUUUCUGACCGGGAAGUAUCUGUACUCGGCUGCUGACGGCCAGCCCCCUCGAAGAGGGAUGGACUCUGCCCAGAGGGAGGCCUUGGAUGACAUUGUCAUGCAGGUCAUGGAGAUGAUCAAUGCCAACGCCAAGACCAGAGGGCGCAUCAUUGACUUCAAGGAGAUCCAGUAUGGCUACCGCCGCGUGAAUCCCAUGUAUGGGGCCGAGUACAUCCUGGACCUGCUGCUUCUGUACAAAAAACACAAAGGGAAGAAAAUGACGGUUCCUGUGCGGAGGCACGCGUAUCUCCAGCAGACCUUCAGCAAGACCCAGUUUGUGGAGCACGAGGAACUGGACGCGACAGAAUUGGCCAAUAAGAUCAAUCGGGAGUCUGGGUCCUUGUCCUUUCUCUCCAAUUCCCUAAAGAAACUCGUUCCCUUUCAGCUCCCCGGGUCCAAGAACGAGCACAAAGAACCCAAAGAGAAAAAGAUAAAUAUAUUGAUUCCUUUGUCUGGACGUUUUGACAUGUUUGUGAGAUUUAUGGCAAACUUCGAGAAGACGUGUCUCAUUCCAAAUCAGAACGUCAAGCUUGUUGUUCUGCUUUUCAAUUCUGACUCCAACCCCGACAAGGCCAGACAAGUGGAGCUCAUGAGGGAUUUCCGCAGGAAGUACCCUAAAGCUGACAUGCAGAUUUUGCCUGUGUCUGGAGAGUUUUCAAGAGCUCUGGCCCUGGAAGUAGGAUCGUCCCAGUUUAACAAUGAAUCUUUGCUCUUCUUCUGUGACGUUGACCUCGUGUUUACUACAGAAUUCCUUCAACGAUGCCGAGCAAAUACAGUUCUGGGCCAACAAAUAUAUUUUCCAAUCAUUUUUAGCCAGUAUGAUCCAAAGAUUGUGUAUAGUGGGAAAGUUCCCAGUGACAGCCAUUUUGCCUUUACUCAGAAAACUGGCUUCUGGAGAAACUAUGGGUUUGGCAUUACCUGUAUUUAUAAGGGAGAUCUCGUCCGCGUAGGCGGCUUUGAUGUUUCCAUCCAAGGCUGGGGACUUGAGGAUGUAGACCUUUUCAACAAGGUUGUCCAGGCAGGUUUGAAGACAUUUAGGAGCCAAGAAGUGGGAGUGGUCCACGUCCACCACCCUGUCUUCUGUGAUCCCAAUCUUGACCCCAAACAGUACAAAAUGUGCUUGGGGUCCAAAGCAUCAACAUAUGGGUCCACACAGCAGUUGGCUGAAAUGUGGCUAGAAAAAAAUGACCCGAGUUACAGUAAAAGCAGCAAUAAUAAUGGCUCAGUGAGGACAGCCUAAUAUCCAGCUCUGCUGGAAAAGACUUUUUUAAUUAUCUAAUUUAUUUUUCAAAAAUGUUUUGUAUGAUCCGUUUUUGAAGUCCAUAUGAGGAUAUAUUUUACACAUGAUUUUUCUUACAAAGGACUCCUUGAAGAUUGAGCUUUUUGAACAAAAAUGUGAUCAUGUUUGCCUUUGAACACAUUUUCUUGCUGCAUGUAACGUAGCAGACCUGCUUAAUCAUGACUUGAAAUGUUGAAAUGUACCUGAUGAACAAAACUUUUUUUUUACACAUCCUUCUCAGACCCCUUUGCUACAUGCAGUCUGAUGGCAGAAAAUAGAAAACAUGAACGUUCCUGCAAAGUAUUAUUGUAACAAAACACUGUAACUCUGGUAAAUGUUUUGUUGUAACUGUUAACAUUGCACAGAUUCUACCUUUGUCUUUUUUUACGGUGAUUUAUUUCUUAAGCCAUUUCGUGUUCCAGUUGUAAAAUAAGGAAGUGUGAUAACAGCUGUGUCAUCAUCACCAUCACGAGAGCUUCCCAAAGCUGAAUCUUUCCCUGAAACUUGGGCUCAUGAAAGCAAGGCGAGCAAGGAGGUGCACAAUGAGAAAUAUGGCUGCUCUUACAGUUUGUGUGGCCUGCAUGGACCUGGGAUUAAAUACCAAGCAGGAUUUGGUAAUUUAUCUCUUCUUGACCCUCUUCUUUAAAGGGGUAAAAUCUUAAUGUUUAGAAUGGCAAAGAAGAAUUGUAAUAAAUUCUAAUGGAAACAAACUAAAACAAAAACCCAAAUCCACCCUGAUGAAAGCAUUGGGGAAAACGUAUUUGGUUUCAUUCGCUUCAUCCUGUCUGUGCUGCAUUGGCAGAGAUGGUUAUUUCGUUCUUUAGUUACUGUUACGUUUUAUCCUUUGUAUCUGAAAUACCUUUAAUUUAUUUAAUAUCCAUUGUUUAGAACUCUGCCAUUUCUCAAGUACCUGUUAGUUAUUAGUAUUUAUGUGUAUCAGGCUUGUGUUUAGUCUGUUUUAUUUGCAGUAAAGUGAUCUCCAAAGAUUUCCUUUUGAAAGCGCUCUCCCCCCCCCUCAAUUUUUACAUUCCUUACUGUUUUACUAAAUAUUAAGUGUCUUUGACAAUUUUGGUGCUCACGUGUGUGGGGGACAAAAGUGAAAUGAAUCUGUCAUUAUACUGGAAACUUUGUUUUAAACUCACAGAUCAAAUGUGCCUUAAUAAAUUUCUUUUUCAUUUAGAUUUCAAACAGUAAUAGACUUGCCAUUUUAGUAUACAUUGUUGGAGAUCUGCUUAUUUGUAAAUAGUCUAUUGCUCAUUGGGAAAAAUAAACCAGUGAACAGUAUUUUCUGUUGUACUUUUCAGAA